CAUACCACGUUUUUGAACCACCGGUCGACGGCGUUCGUUAUCAGCUUGUUAUAUAGUAAUUGUUAAAUUAAAAAUUUGUUAUUCGUUUCAACUUGUCUGAGUUGUUUCAUAAUCUUUUUAUCUUUCCUGCUCACUAAUAACUGGUUUACUGGUCGUUGUCUAUUGUGCUGUGCUCUAGGCAAUUUAGAAUAAUCGGAAAAAUUUCCUUGUUAAUUAAUUAACUUUAACAAUAUAAUUAUAUUCACUGAUAUAAUAAUAUCAGCAGUGGGAGGACGGAGGAUUAUUAUUGCCAAUUAUUAUAUUCUACGAAGUACGAAUAUUUCGUCGUGACGAAUCAGUUCCGACACGUACCUACCUAUCAGUGGUUUGCGACUCGAUUCGUACGAUUUUCUUUUAGAACACGUUAAUUAUUACUCAGUCAGGACCUACGUUUCGUCGUCCCCACGUGUGAUACAUCGAGCCGUAUUAUAAUAUUUCGGUAUUGUGAUAGACUAGAUUUGAUCUUUGAACAAUAUCGAUCAAGAACUCUGGCUGGUUAUAUUUUAUUUAAGAUUAAAGUAACCACAAAUCUUUAAAAUAUAAUUGUAAUUACCUACUUAGGUACUUAAAAAAAAAUUAAAAUGUACUUACGUCCAAUAUUACGUACCUUGGUUAAUGCUCAACGGCUUCAUUUCAACAACAAAUUUGUAACUUUGUCAGCAAUGGAAGCAAAAUAUAGCACUAAAAUAUCGGAUCCAAAUUUAAGUCUCCCAUUGGAGACAGCUGAUCCUGAAUUGUAUGCUUUAGUUAGUCAAGAGUCUGAGCGACAGAGAAAAGGACUCGAACUUAUAGCAUCAGAAAAUUUUACCUCAGUUUCUGUUUUACAAUGUUUAGGAUCUUGUUUAACUAACAAAUAUUCAGAAGGUCUUCCGGGUGCAAGAUACUAUGGUGGUAAUCAAGUAAUUGAUCAGAUUGAAGUUUUAUGCCAAAAAAGGUGCCUUGAAACAUUUUCUUUGGAUCCAAAUCUUUGGGGUGUCAAUGUCCAGCCAUAUUCUGGUUCACCCGCGAAUGUUGAAGCCUACACUGCUCUUAUUGGAGGAGGCAAAGGACGAAUAAUGGGCUUGGAUUUACCAGAUGGUGGUCAUAUCAGUCAUGGUCUGAUGGCUCAAAAAAAAAGAUUGUCUGCAGCAUCAAUAUUUUUUGAAACUUUACCAUAUCACGUAAACAUGGAAACUGGUUUAAUUGAUUAUGACGAGUUGGAAAAAUCUGCAAAGAAUUUUAAGCCUGAUAUUAUUAUUGCUGGCGUAACUUCCUACCCACGGACAUUGGACUAUAAACGUUUUAAAACAAUAGCUCAGGCUAGUGAUUCUUACUUGAUGGCUGAUAUGUCACAUAUUAGUGGUUUAGUUGCUGCUGGUGUUAUUCCCUCACCUUUUGAAUAUUGUGACGUGGUCACUUCUACUACACAUAAAACAUUAAGAGGUCCUCGAGCUGGAGUCAUAUUUUAUCGUAAAGGAAUUAAAUCAGUAUCAAAAACUGGUGAAAAUGUCAUGUAUGACUUGGAAGACCGUGUAAAUGCUGCUGUUUUCCCAGGAUUUCAAGGAGGACCUCACAAUAAUGCUAUUGCAGGAAUAGCAGCUGCUAUGCGUUUGGCAACUACCCAGGAAUUCAAAGACUACCAAAAAAGAGUUUUGAGCAAUUGUAAACAAUUAGCUGAAUCUCUUAAACAGCUUGGAUACAAAAUAUCAACUGAUGGUACAGAUGUGCAUAUGUUGUUAGUUGAUCUUCGGCCAAUUAAUUUGACAGGUUCUAAAGCAGAGUUUACACUACAAACCAUAGAGAUUGCGUGUAAUAAAAACACCGUUCCUGGUGAUAAAAGUGCAAUGAAUCCUUAUGGUAUUCGUUUGGGUACACCAGCUCUUACUACACGAGGAAUGAUGGAAAAUGAUAUCAUUAAAGUUGCUGAAUUAAUUCACAAAGGUUUGAACUUGGCGUUGGAUGCUCAAAAAGUAUCUGGUCCAAAAUUAGUGAACUUCAAAUCCACUCUUACUUCUGAUCCAGUGUUUGUUAAUCGUGUAAAAGACAUUACGAAAGAAGUAGAAGAUUUUGCAGAACAGUUUUAUAUUCCUGAACAAUAAAUAUUUUUAUUGAACACUGAAGCGAUAACAUUUAUAGUAGUUUAUUAUUAUUGAAUUAUUUGUGCCAAAUUCCAAAUUUAUAUUUUUGAUACUGUUUCAAUUAAUUUUAUACAUUCCAAAAAAAAAAUAUCAAUGCGUUUAGGAAAAUGAAGUUAAUUUUUUAAAUUGACAUCUUUUUUUUUUCAUGAAAUAAAAGUAUAUAUUUACAAAAUGUUA